GUGGACGGAACGCUUCUUUCAACAGCAGCAACAGUUAGUCAGACACCUCGGUAGCGUGCUAGACAAAAUAGACGAAACAAUAAAGCUCUUUAGACGCUUUAGUGUAUAUUAGCCGCUGUGUUUUAAACACACUUCUGUCGUCUAGUUAGUUAUCAGAUUUAAUUUAAUAUUUACGGUGUUGUUAUUAUUGGUCAUCUAGCUCGCUGGUUAAGUUAGCAUUAGCCUACCUAGCUAACAUCUCCGACCAUGUGUUCACUAAGCUACUCUCCUCCUGACAAAGAAGAGGAGGUCUGCUGGACGGAGAAAGAAGGUCUGUGGCUGAAUGUUGUCGUAAAAGAGGAGAAGGAAGAGGACCAUGUCACUAUAGAAAAACAAGUAGAUGCGGAGGCCACGGGAUCUCCAAAUCUGGACAGUUGCUGCUCUGAUGAAAUUGAGAGUGACACAGAAGGAAUGGACGAGGACUCUGUGAGUGACCACAGUUAUGAUUCCAGCGAGGAAGAAAUGUUUUUGGAAGGAAAAGAUCCACUUUUAGAUCAUGGUAGAGACUCUGACUCUGAUGACCUCUGGGUGCCACUCCAAAGAGACCACAGUCCUCCAUCCCCUACUCAUUCCAACGUAGGAACUGGUUCCUCCAGUAUGACCCCUGCUGUCUCUGGCUCCACACCCACCCUGGCCCGGCCAUCUAGAGGUGUGAAGAAGUCAGCCCAGAAGCGGAGGAGGGCCAGUGAACCAGCGACAACUACCACCGAGGCAGAGGACCGUUGGCACACUGUGCUAGAAGAUGACGUGGAGCCACUUCCACCAACAUUUAGACCGAAAAGGCAGCCAGGACCUCAGCUGGACAUGACUGCAGAGUACAGCCCCCUUCAUCUUUUCCAGAUGUUUUUCUCCUUGUCCGUUCUUGAUUCGCUGGUUUCUAACACCAACAAGUAUGGGGCUAAGAAACAAGCAGGCAAGAAAGAGACAUGGAAGCCCAUUUCCAUCCAAGACCUGUACUGUUACAUCUCACUGGUAAUUUACAUGGGGUUGGUGAAGUUGAAAACCCUGAAGGACUACUGGAGAACGUCAACACUCUACCAACUGCCUUUCCCCACCACUGUCAUGUCUUCUAACAGGUUUCUGACUAUCUCGCGGGCGCUUCAUAUCAGUGACCCACAAGUUGAUGAGGUCAAUGACAAGAAGAGAGGCACAGCAAGCUUUGAUAGGCUCUGCAAAAUCAAACCUCUCUACUCCAGCAUGGUUGAGGCCUGCAAGACCCAUUUUCAGCCCAACCAGAACCUGUCCAUAGAUGAGAGGAUAGUAGCCUCAAAGGCUAGAAAUGGCCUCAAACAACAUAUGCCUAACAAGCAAACAAAAUGGGCUUACAAACUGUUUGUUUUGGCCGAUUCUGCGUGUGCCUACACUUGGAAUUUUUUUGUUUACGAGGGGAAAUCCAUCUCAGCCACCGGUAAGGGAGUUAGUUGUGAUUCCGUUGUGGAAUUAUUGGAUUUUCCACUGCUUGGGACGGGCUUCAAACUGUUUGUGGACAACUUUUACACAAGCCCUACCCUGUUUACAAACCUGAGGAAGCUGGAUGUGUGGGCUUGUGGCACCAUUCGUCCCAACAGUGUAGGUUUUCCCAAAACCAAGGAGAACGACAUGCCUAAGAGGGCAGAAAGGGGGACCAUGCGAUGGAUUCGUAAACACGACCUGCUCUUUGUUAAGUGGAUGGACACCAGAGAGGUGGUCAUGUGCUCCAGUAUCCACAAAUCCUUCAGUGGCGAUCACGUCAACAGGCGUGUGAAGGACGCUAAUGAUGCAUGGACCACUAAAGAUGUCCCCAUUCCUGCUGCUGUGAAGGAUUACAACAAGAGCAUGGGAGGAGUUGUGGACCUGUCAGGCGCUCUGCUGGGCUACAACAAUGUUCUCCACAAGACAAUGAAAUGGUACAGGACAUUGUUCUAUCAUUUCAUCGACAUCGCUGUGGUGAAUGCAUUCAUCCUUCGUGAGGAAAUGGCUCAGAGCUGUGGACAGACCCCCAUGACACCGCUAGCCUUCAGAGAGCUGCUCAUCCAGGAGCUUGCUGACUGCGGCACAAAGUCCACUGCAGAACCUUCUGUCCGCUCUACUCCUGUCCGCUCUACUCCUGUCCCCUCUACUCCUGUCACCAGUGGUGUUCACCUGCCAAAAUGCAUCACUGCAGACCUGAAUGUGCCUCAGGGCCAAAAGAGUAAAGCAGGCAGGCGUCGUUGUGUUCUGUGCCACAAGAAAUCUCCCGUCACCUGCACUGUUUGUGCUGUUACCCUCUGCUUCACAGCAGAAAGAGACUGCUAUGGGACUUGGCAUCAGCAGCACAAUCUUGUGUAGACGACUGUGGGUUUAAAAAUCAAAUUGUAAAUUGUUUUUUUCCUUCUCACUUGUUGGCCCUUGUUGGCCCUCACUUGUGGUGCGUUUAUGACAUUGGGUCAGUGUUGGCUGCUAACUUGGCCCUUAUCUUAAAUAGUUCACACUUCUGUGUUGGGAGGCGUUGGAUCAGCGUUCUCGUCUCAUGUUAGUACCUUUUACGUAGGGAAGCUAAUGAUCCAUCAUGUAUGACAUUCCUGGGUGUGUGUCAACGUAAUUUUUAUUUUUUAUUGCCAUAGCAUUUUAGUAUGUUCUCUAUAGUCAUUCACUUUGGUGCAAACUCAUGAAGGGCACCUGGGAGAACGUCAUACUAAAAUAUGAUGUAGCGCUCUCAUUCUUCAAUGUAUCAGUCGGACACUCAUGAAGGACACCUGGGAGAACGUCAUACUAAAAUAUGAUGUAGCGCUCUCAUUCUUCAAUGUAUCAGUCGGACACUCAUGAAGGACACCUGGGAGAACGUCAUACUAAAAUAUGAUGUAGCGCUCUCAUUCUUCAAUGUAUCAGUCUGACACUCAUGAAGGACACCUGGGAGAACGUCAUACUAAAAUAUGAUGUAGCGCUCUCAUUCUUCAAUGUAUCAGUCUGACACUCAUGAAGGACACCUGGGAGAACGUCAUACUAAAAUAUGAUGUAGCGCUCUCAUUCUUCAAUGUAUCAGUCGGACACUCAUGAAGGACACCUGGGAGAACGUCAUACUAAAAUAUGAUGUAGCGCUCUCAUUCUUCAAUGUAUCAGUCGGACACUCAUGAAGGACACCUGGGAGAACGUCAUACUAAAAUAUGAUGUAGCGCUCUCAUUCUUCAAUGUGUCAGUCUGACACUCAUGAAGGACACCUGGGAGAACGUCAUACUAAAAUAUGAUGUAGCGCUCUCAUUCUUCAAUGUAUCAGUCUGACACUCAUGAAGGACACCUGGGAGAACGUCAUACUAAAAUAUGAUGUAGCGCUCUCAUUCUUCAAUGUAUCAGUCUGACACUCAUGAAGGACACCUGGGAGAACGUCAUACUAAAAUAUGAUGUAGCGCUCUCAUUCUUCAAUGUAUCAGUCUGACACUGUGCACACACACUGCUGCCAUGUUGUGGACAACAGCAAAAUGAUCCUAUCAGCUUCCUGUCUCAAUGUAAGGCCUUUAUUUUGCAUUUCAACAAUUAUCAAAUAAAAAUAGGAAACAAAUGU